AUGAGUGACGCAGUACCCAUGCCGGAAGCAGGGCCGGUGGUGGACGCGAAGCUGGUAGUGGACUGCAUAAAAGGCAUUGAAUGUUGCGUGAGUUACGACGAGCCAUUGAUACUGGGGGUGACAUCGGGCACUUUGUCAACAAGUGUAAAUGACGUCAGUUCGAGCGGCAAGCGGAAGUCUGUGCAGGGGCUGUUCGGUCUAGAGGAGAACAUUGUACUCGUAAAUGUCAUUGUCACCUUAACGAAGCUUAUUAUCCUUAACCAAACCCCCGAAGGUCAGGUCGCGAUCCGUAACGGACACCUGUCUGGUCGGUCGUCUGUAGUAGUACAAUAUCGCUGGGUGAAGAGCCUGGAGUAUACUGCCCCCAAGCUAGUCAUGAAUAUAGAUCACAUUCAUCUUAUUGAAAUUCAUCAAGGGCGAUGCGUCCAAAACUCAGACAAGUAUUCCUGUGACGUCGAUAUUACUCUAGUUAGCAAAGAACUGACUGACGAUGUCAUUGGCUUGAUUAGAAGAUUAAUUGAACACAUGAAGAAGGAACCUGGCGAAAACGGCGCCUUAUCGAGCGGCUUGGCGAAAGAAGACGGACGUAAUGAAAAAGUUGAUUAUGACAAGAUGAUAUCCAACUGCCUGUUGAAGAACCAGUGGAUGGUUAACGGCAUACUGACGACCAUAUGGGGUAGUUUGAUCGACAGAAUGCGCAAUGAACUGGUACGACUCGGCAUAAUUGCGGAAGGAAUACUCAUUAUAAGGUCGUCUUCGCUCACAAAAAUUCUCAGCAAAGGAACCGCCAAUGGCGUUAGUGUAAUUCAUUACAACCGAAUUCUGUUUGGUUUUAGAAAGUUGUACAAGAAUAAGAUAUCAGAGGUCGCCAUCUAUUAUUCAACAAGCUAUAAGAGAGUAAGAACAUUGCUGCUGAGAAUAACAAAUGAGGAUAACUUCAACAAAUUCAUCACGAGCUUGAAUCAUCGACUAUUCAUACCACAAACCAACCCGAAAUUUCUGGAGCACAUGACGACCAUAUGGUCUCAUGGAAGAAUGUCUACCUAUCAUUAUCUAGGCUUCCUAAACACCCUUGGGGGCAGAUCUACAAAAGAUUUCACCGUAUAUCCGGUCUACCCAUGGACUCUUUGUGAAUCUUUCCAGUACCCUCGGCAGCUCGCGGACAUUGAGGAAUUGCGCGAUCUGUCGCGCCCGAUCGGAGCUAUCGAGACUUCAAGACUAAAUGAACUCCUGAUGAAAUCGAAAAUUCUCGACAAAGACGAGUAUUAUUUGUAUGGAAGUCACUACAGUAACGCGUCGUACGUGUCGUUUUGGUUGCUUCGCGAGCACUACGAAGUGAACAUGAUGAUUAAUGAAGGGCGUUUGGAUUACCAGCAGCGGUCGUUCAGCGACAUGCGCCAAGCUUGGGAGCGCGUGAAGCGGGAGCCGAACAGUUUUUUGGAGCUGUUACCGGAGAUGUACGGCAAUUCCUGUCGCUUUUUGAAGAAGGUGACUUUUGCUACCGACCUGCGGCAGGGUGGUGGCGACGCAGUGCCCGACGUGAACGUGCACUGCGUGACGCCGUUCACGAAGUGUCUGUGUACGGACCUGUUCAUGAAGAGUUGCAACUGCCGGCCGGAGUUCUUGAACAACGACGCCCUCUGGUUCCUUUUCUGCCAUCGCCUGAUACUCGAGUCGCCCCCGGUGAGCGCCGCCGUGCAUCACUGGAUCGACUUGAUCUUCGGCUACAAGCAGAAGGGUGAAGCCGCGCGUCGCGAGCACAACCUCUUCCACCCCGCCUCCUACUCGGCCUCGAACUUCAAGACCGACCUGCUCGUCCC